CAUUACAGUUUGCGUUCUUGUGCUGUGUGUUGGAUACAUCGCGAGACCUCCCAAACCAACAAACAAAAGACUUAAUUUAUUUAUUUAAUUUUUAGUAACUUAAAAACAAAAAACAAACAAAAUGUGCGACGAAGAAGUUGCUGCCUUAGUUGUAGAUAACGGUUCCGGCAUGUGCAAAGCCGGUUUCGCUGGCGAUGAUGCUCCCCGUGCUGUGUUCCCCUCCAUUGUGGGUCGCCCCCGUCAUCAAGGUGUCAUGGUUGGUAUGGGACAAAAGGACUCGUAUGUCGGUGAUGAAGCUCAAAGCAAACGUGGUAUCCUCACAUUGAAAUACCCCAUUGAGCACGGUAUUGUCACCAACUGGGACGAUAUGGAGAAGAUCUGGCAUCACACCUUCUACAAUGAAUUGCGUGUGGCCCCCGAAGAACAUCCAGUCUUGUUGACUGAGGCUCCUUUGAAUCCCAAAGCCAAUCGUGAGAAGAUGACACAAAUCAUGUUCGAAACCUUCAACACACCCGCUAUGUAUGUGGCCAUUCAAGCUGUAUUGUCCUUGUAUGCCUCCGGUCGUACCACUGGUAUCGUUUUGGAUUCCGGUGAUGGUGUUUCUCACACUGUACCCAUCUACGAAGGUUAUGCCCUGCCCCAUGCUAUCUUGCGUUUGGAUUUGGCUGGUCGUGACUUGACUGACUACUUAAUGAAGAUCUUGACUGAACGUGGUUAUUCCUUCACCACUACCGCCGAACGUGAAAUUGUUCGUGACAUCAAGGAGAAAUUGUGCUAUGUCGCUUUGGACUUUGAACAAGAAAUGGCCACCGCUGCCUCCAGCUCCAGCUUGGAGAAGAGCUACGAAUUGCCCGAUGGUCAAGUCAUCACCAUUGGCAAUGAACGUUUCCGUUGCCCCGAAGCCUUGUUCCAACCUUCCUUCUUGGGUAUGGAAGCCUGCGGCAUCCAUGAAACCACCUACAACUCCAUCAUGAAGUGCGAUGUUGAUAUCCGUAAGGACUUGUACGCCAACACUGUGUUGUCUGGUGGUACCACCAUGUACCCUGGCAUUGCCGAUCGUAUGCAAAAGGAAAUCACCGCCUUGGCUCCAUCCACCAUGAAGAUCAAGAUCAUUGCUCCCCCAGAGCGCAAAUACUCUGUAUGGAUCGGUGGUUCCAUCUUGGCUUCCUUGUCUACCUUCCAACAGAUGUGGAUCUCCAAACAGGAAUACGAUGAAUCCGGCCCCUCCAUUGUGCACAGAAAGUGCUUCUAAGCGGUUUCUUAUUACAACAUACAAGGCAAUACCCUGCCAUUGGGGGGUCUCCCUUCAAUGGUAUGGUAUCGUGUUGUUUUAGUAGCUGCCGUAUUAGUCGUAGUAAUUAUAAGGAGAAGUUUAAGACCCGUAACAACACAACAACAACAACAACUACAAGAGGAAAAGAGGAGGUUUUAUUAUAGAAAAAGAGGAGAGAGAGAAUGCUCCACUAAGGCGACAUUUUCAUAUUUUAAUGAAAAUUCUCCUUGGUCUAGUGUUACAAAAAAUUAAAAACAAUUCCAAAUGAAAUAAUUUUCUUUUUUUAAGAAAAACAAAAACAAAACAUACGUUCCACAAUUAAAAAAUAUUACACGCAAGAGCAACAACAACAUACAUUUACAAGAACAUCCCAAAAACAACAACAAAUAAUUAAUUUGCAAAUUACAAUAAUUUUUUAUUUUUUUAAUUUUUAUUUUAAUUUUUUGAAAACAACUCGCAAAUGUAUUAUUAUUUCUUAAUUAUUAUUAUUAUAUAAUUAUAUAAAAAAGAUGAAAAAAAAACCCUAAACAAACUGUCUUUUUCCUUAACCAUCACUAUCACUCACCAUCUCACCAAAAGCUACCAACUCACCUUCAUUUCAAAAAGAAAAAUCACCUUCACCACACGUCACCUCAUCAUUAUCAUCAAUCAACCCCCCCAAUCACACCAUACAAUUUCUAGGUAGAGUAGGAGUAGAUAUUUCAGCACUUUCUUCUAUCUACUGAAUUGAAAGUUCUCUCCAUAGAUUUUGUUUCGGAGUUGCCACAUUGAAGGGGAUUUCUUCAUGAGAUCCAUCCUGUCGCGUGCUCCCCUCCACUUCCUUAUCUUUCCAAGUCCUCUCCAAAGCAAAUUGAUAAAAUUUAUCUUAAUUUAUUUGUUUGUGUGUUUCAGUGUUCUUGGAGAAAAGCGAAUGUGUUGAAUUUUUUAUUCUAAUUUUCGUACUCUAACAAAAAGACUAAAGUUUCUUAAACACAUAUGUUUUAAUGUUUUUCCAACAAAAUUUUUUUGUUUUGGAAAUGUAUAGCAGAGCACUAUUGUCAUCUGCAUAUGGUGCAGGCUCUCAUUGUAAUUCCUAUUUCGUUCAAAGAAGCACUCUUUACUUUUUUUUUUGAAAGAAAAAGCAAGAAAAUCGCACACAAUUUUAUUUAAAAAAAGAAAUGCCAAAAUUCUAAACCAAGUUGCUGCAUGCCACGAAAGAGGAGAGUGUUUUCAUUUUUCAUAGAAAACCAACUGCAAGAAUGAUAUACUAUAUAAAAAAAAAUUUACAUAUAAAAACUAACUAUACUUAUUAUGUUGAGGGAGAGGAGAAAGUUGCCCAAACGAUCUCCCUCCCUCUGUAAUUAAACCAGAAUCACAAAUAGAAAAGAAGAGCAAAUAAAAGAUGAAUGGAAUUAUUAUUGUUUUUAAGAAUGAAAGAUAAAAACAACAACAACAAAACAAGAGUUUGAGAAAAAGCAACUAAAAACCAGAUGAAAACAGAAGAGAACAAAAAACAUCAAUGAAAUUGUAAUAAUUUUGUCAAUAAAAAAUCUUAAAAAUAA